AUGGCUAGGAUUGGUGGCUUAGACGGGCAGAUUGAAGAAAGCGGCAAAAAUCUGUCGUUUGGAGAGCGGCAAAUCAUUUCGAUAUGUCGAGUUUUGCUGGCUCAAUGCAAAGUGAGUUCUCGUAGCAGGGAUGCAAUAAUCUUUAUCCCAUUACUGCAUUCACAAGUGGUUCUGAUCGAUGAAGCUACGUCCCAUCUCGAUGCUAAUGUACAUCAACGAAUGAUGUCGCUUAUAUCGUCUUACCUACCCAGAGCUACCGUAAUCUGCAUCACGCACGUAAUGCAUGGCCUCUCAGAUUUUGACACUGUGAUUGAGAUGGCGAAUGGAAAGAUCAUAAGCAGAGGACCACCAGAACAGGCGUCCAUAUCUCAUGAAAUUCAACCAUGA